AGACGUCGAGGUACAGGGACAGAGAGUGAACGAGAGAAAGAGAGAGAGGGAGAGAGAAAGAGACAAGAGAACGCAGCCAAGACAACACAACACACAGCCGCACACUACAGCUUCGACCGGCACCGUGUGUGUACAGGCCGCGAACAGCGAGCAGAAUAAGACGGUGGGGCGCGCUUGGAGGUCCCCCAAAUUUGGUGGCCCUCACACAUACACACGCUCUCUCGCUCUCUCGAGCGGUGUGAGUGUUUUGAGGCCGGUUCCCUUUCGAGAAUCCCACCAACGGUGACACACUAGCCGCGUGACGUCUUCCCGGUGUGCUUGUUAGGAAAGUGUGGCCCGUGCCGACGGUGACGACGGCCAACACGGUACGCGCGACACGGUCUUUUUCAUCUCGGUCCCAGUGUUCCCGGGUGUAAAAGACUGUAAAGAAGUGUUUGGCCAACGGUGACAAAUGUGUGCGUGUGUGCAAGUGAGAUUAAGUGCGUGUGCAGUUAAACAAGAAAAAGGUUACAGGUAGCGCUGGACACUCGUUUUUUGGUUUUUUCACGGUCAAACACGCGGCUUCAAUGAUGCGCUAAUAUUGUAUACCGCUUGCGUGCCUGUGGAUGUAUGUGUGUGUGUGUGUGUAUGUGUGUGUGUGUGUGCCUUGCAUCAAUCCACACCUUCGGGGCAAUCGGCAACGAUCAACCGACCAACGCGGCCAACCCAGCGCGCUCAAAAGUCCCUCUACCACCUAGCCGACGGGGCAUCUCGAAAACUCGGAAAGAAAACCAAAAGGAAAAACCCAUUCACGCGUGCAAGAAAGCGUGUGGCCAGCGAUAGCCGCUCGGUCGGCGUGUGUGAAACCUUUACCCUGCCCGGCCCGGGACCGGGAAGGUGUGCUUCGAUGACGUGCACCUAGUAGACGAAUCGGACGAGCAGCCGGUGCACAUCGUUGCCGGUAACGACGGAACACGCAGCCGUGGCACUCGCUCUCCCUCUCGGUCGGUGCAAAUGGAAGUGCUACUCGGGCGAGUCAAGCGGACCACUAGCACGGUGACGAGGACGACCAGCGGACCUGUUGCCGCACCGCACAUCACCAGCAGCCCCAGCAGCAGCAGUUGCAGUAUCGGCGCGCACCGGGUGCGCAAGUGGCGCCACGGGCAACGGCGCCGCCGGAGACGCAGCCCGGGUCCGACCUGCACGCCACCGGGUGCGGGGGUGUUCAUCAGACAGCGUCUCGAAAUUAGCCCGCGGCCCUUCUAAAGCGCAGCAAACACAACUGUGUGCCCAAAGCCUGUAACAGAGACUCCUAGAAGACUUCUCCAAGCGGAAACAGUGUGUUGAAGUGUUGCCAACUGGUUGAGUGAAAGUGAAAAAUAGUGACAAAACAGUGCUGAAGCUUUAGCGAUUACAACCAAACAAAAAACUUGCUGAAAAAAGGCUCUCUCUCUCUCUCUCUCUGCCUUUGCCCUUCCAUCGCUCUUGGACAAUCAACCAAACAACGCUCCCAGGACACACCGGUUGGGGAAGACGCAGACGAGCUAUGGGAGUGGUCAGCAUGACACAGCGGAAGAAGAUCCUGUACGGUAUAUUCGGCAUCAUCGUCGGGCUCUGCAUCGGCGCCCUGCUGCGCAACUAUCGCACACUCGAGAUCGUCAGCAUGUGCAAUUCCAUGAACAGCAUGAAGCAAAAAUCCGCCCUCGAAAUCAUCGGAUUGCAGCCGUCCGAGCUGCCCACCAACUCCCAGAACACGCUCGUGUUCGUCGGCGUGAUGACGGCGAAGGACUUCCUGCAGGGGCGGGCUCGGGCCGUGUACGAAACCUGGGGCAAGCGCGUCCCGGGCAAGAUCGCGUUCUUCAGCUCGCAGGACUCGGUCGCACCGGACCUGCCGCUGGUCGCGCUCAAGGGCGUCGACGACCGAUACCCGCCGCAGAAGAAGAGCUUCAUGAUGCUGCACUACAUGUACGUGCACUUCAUCGACCGGUUCGAGUGGUUUGCCCGGGCUGACGACGACGUGUACAUCCGGACAGAUAGGCUCGAGAAGUUUCUGCGCUCGAUCGACAGCUCGAAGCCGCAGUUCAUUGGGCAGGCGGGCCGCGGCAACAGCGAAGAUUUCGGGCUGCUGUCGCUCGAGUUCGACGAGAACUUCUGCAUGGGUGGGCCGGGCGUGAUCAUGAGCCGGGAAACGUUGCGGCGCGUCGCGCCCCACAUACCCACCUGUCUGAAGAAUCUCUACAGCACGCACGAGGACGUCGAGGUGGGCCGGUGCGUGCAGAAGUUUGCCGGCAUCCCGUGCACCUGGAACUAUGAGAUGCAGUCCAUCCUGCACCACAACUCGAGCGGCAACCGGGCGUUCUCCGGCAUCCUAAAGAGCAAGGAGGUGCACAGUGCCAUCACACUCCACCCGGUAAAGAAGCCCGCCUUCAUGUACCGGCUGCACGCGUACAUGCUCGGGCUGCAAGCGCAGGAGCUGCGGCAGGAGUCGCUGCUGCUCCACCGGGACAUUGCGCAGAUGACGGAGCUGCUGCAAAUACCGCGCAUCAACAAAAACCUGGCGCCCGGUGUGCCGAUCUUCCCAGAGGACGAGAGCAGCACGGACUACCUGGGCGACCACAACGUGCUCGGUGCACUGCCAGAUCUGAAUCGGCAUCGGCCGCGCAACCUGGACGAGGUGGUCGAGUGGGACUUUAUCGCGAAGAGUCUGUACUCGGGGAUGCACCCGAACCCGAAGCGCCGCAUCGAGUCGUCGCUAAAGGAGGGUCUGACGGAUGUGAUACGGGAGAUCAUGGAGCACAUCAACAACUUCUCCCGGCAGCGGGGCCGUGUGAUCGAGUUCCGGGAGCUCCUGUACGGGUACAUGCGCGUGAACAGCCUGUACGGACAGGACCUGAUACUCGAUCUGCUGCUGGUGUACAAAAAGUACCGGGGGAAGAAGAUGACGGUACCGGUCCGGCGCCACCUGUACAUCCAGCGCUCGUUCACGGAGAUUCGCGUGCGGGAAAUUGUCGACGGGGUGGUACCUAGUCAAGCGGUGACGUCCGGCCCACGGGUGUCGCCCAACACCGACACCACGCGACCCUUCACCAAUGCAACCGGGCUGGAUCGCAUCUCACAUCGCGUCAAGUCGCUGUUCAACGGGUUCGAGCGGUUGACGGAUACGCUGGCAAGCAGCGGCCAGCAGCGGUCGGCCGCUGGUGCCGGCCGACAUCGCGACCGGAUCGUACUGGUCAUACCAUUGUCCGGGCGGUCGGAAACGUUCAUGCGCUUUCUGCGCAACUACGAGGAGGUCGCGUUGCGCCAGGACGGCUCAACCGAUCUGCUAGUGUCGAUGUAUGUCGAGCCUGUCGAGACGCCGAUGAUUGUGGCGCUGCUGGACAACUUGCGGGCGCGCUAUCCGGCCGCCCGCAUCAACUACCUGCAGCUGUACGGGAACUUUUCACGCGGCGUCGCGCUCGACCGUGCGAUCAAAUCGCCCCACUGCGACCCGAACGACAUCCUGUUCCUGAUCGACGUGGACAUGGUGUUCACGGUCGAGUCGCUCGACCGCAUCCGAUUCAACGUGAUCCGCCACCGGCAGAUCUACCUACCGAUCGUGUUCAGCGAGUACGAUCCGCGCGCGCCCAGCACUAUCCUCGCGCCGGGCUGGACGUCAGCUACGACCGAGCGGCCGAAGCCGGCCACCGAGCCGGCCGACCGGCCGCGCAACUUCUCCGUCCCGUACCGGAUCACGAACGAGAACGGGUACUUCCGCCAGUUCGGGUACGGGCUGGUCGGCAUCUACAAGGCGGACCUGAUGCGGCCCGACCUGAAGGGCUUCAGCACCGACAUUAACGGCUGGGGCCUUGAGGACGUCAAGUUUCUCGAGAACGUGAUCGCACUGAACCAGCGCGGCAAUCAGCGGCUGCAAGCGAUUGCCGACGGCCGAUGGGAUCCGUUCGAGCCGGCGGCGAACGGACCGGCAUCGUCCACGGUGCCGCCGCCCCCGAGCGAGGAGCUCGCCAUCUUCCGUGCGCCCGACCCGUCGCUGGUGCACAUCUUCCACCCGAUUCAUUGUGAUACGAGCCUGGAUGAGGCCCAGUACAAGAUGUGCCUCGGCACCAAGGCGAACACGAUCGGCAGCUACGACAUGCUGCACGACCGGUUCAUCCACAGCCAGCCGCUGCUGAUGUUUGCCCGCAGGCAGAGCCAAAGCCGGGGUGGCGGAUAGUGCUUCGGCCAUCGGUUCGUCGUCUGCUCACUCCUUACCCGUGCCCUCUUAGCAGUAUCUUGUGUAAAUAUAGAUGUUUCGAAGAUUUUCUAAACCAUCGAACGCGUGUGUCACGUCAUUUGCCGGGGCCCAAAAGUCCUUCCUUACACGAGACCGCCCUCCCCCAAUCUCGUACAGCCUAUCAAGAUGCACGACUGCCAAGAAGUCUUUGAUCCGUUGCUUCCUCGGUGUGGCGAUGCUUCCGUUUCCCGCGGGCGGACCGAAGCACUAGAAAAUGAGUUUCCUUGUCGGUUUGCCACCCUGGCCGUUUGACAUGGGUGCAGUGGCGGGCGGUGGAUGCAUAAGCAAUCAGGUCGGGCGCUGCACUUACGUGCCCUGAGUCUGUCAGUUGUAGUUUUUUUUUCUUCUCCUGUUGUGCUAUACUGCCCGCAGCCUCUGUCACUCAAGUCGUUUUGAUUUAUAGCCCUCGCUUUGGGGAGGAACAAAGUAGUUUCAUAUGCAUAACUCACUGCACUUGGGUGCAAAUGGGAAAUAUUUGGUACCGAGCUGUACCCUCUUCCCGAUGUUCACCCCUAUCAACAGGAAAUAGACUGUUCGGGGUUUUCUUGCCGUACGCUUUACCGCAACCGUAUGUAUAGUGAAUGCGAUAAAAACAGGUGCAGUUUGGUAAAGAAAUGUUAGAGAGAAGAAAAAAACAUCGUAAUUCGUGAAAAGGCAAAGAAUAUUUUGUUAACAAUUCAGACGAUAAGAUUGUUUCUUAAUUAGGUAAUAUUUAAGCAAGUUUUACUAUUUGUUAAACCUGCUUUUGGUUACUAUUUACAAAGGAGCGCGGUUUAUCCGGGCUCAUCGGGACAGGACCUCGCCCGGAUACUCGAAUAACAUUGACAUUGAGUCAAAGUUUAUGUUUUAUCACAAAUUCCUUUUUUUAAUUUAUUUUUAUUAUACUCGGGAAAAUUCUAGGCAGAUUUUAUAAGCUCAUGUUUUUGAAAUGAUAACAUUGGAAAUGUGACAUAAUUUAUAGAUUUAUAUUUUUUGUUAUGGCAAUAUGCUCUGAUUACCAUUAUUUCAAAUAUCCUCCUCAGCAUGCAAUGCCAACCAUGUAUUGAACUGUCAUGUCUCAACAGCACGGAUAAACAGAUAGACGGAUAAAAGUUAUCCGGAUAAACGGCGCUCCACUCUACUUUGAAAUGU